AAACUAAGUUGAAGAGUAAAUUUCCCAAGAUUAAAAUGUGGCUGGGAAGUCACAAAAGGGCCCCAAGAAAAUCUAAAACGGUGUCUUUAGAAAUCGAACACUUUAGACAUCCUUCGGAUAGUUCCAACAAAAGUUACUCCACCGUUUCAAGUAUAAACAAUUCAAAAAGUCAUUCUUCAUCCUACGAGAAAUUUAAACCCCCGCAACUUAAUUCAAUUAUUAAAACAAAAGAAAGAUCCGAUGAUAACAUAGUUAAGACUAAUAGGGUAAUUAAACCAAAACAUUUUCAAAUCACGAAAUCCGAUGAUAACUUAGUUAAGACUAAUAGAGUAAUUACACCAAAACAUUUUCAAAUCACGAAAUCCGAUGAAGCCGUAAACCAGUCUAAUAAGAUAAUUGAAACCAAACAUUUUAAAAUCAGGUCAAACUUUAAUCCUGUUAAGACCGAAUUUUGGACCUCCCAAAAAGGCAUCCUACCGACAGUAAAAUCAAAACUUACCAAUUCGAUGUUGGGAAGACAGUCUAUAAAAUCUUUUGAAAGUGUGGGAAAAGAGUACAACCAGCCAUCCAUGUCACAAGUGGCCGCUGCCGUUAUCAACCGUUUAUACGAUGGGAAGACAAUAAGUUUGGAUGAAACAAGCUUUCAAAAAAAGGUCGACACCUCUAAAAUACAUAUUAACAGUUUUUUAGGAAAGAUUUCUAAGUUGAGGCCCGCAGAUCAGAUGAACGCAGUGUGGAACGAUUUGCAGGAAACGUACAAAGAGAUGUCGCGUAGUGCUAAAACCCCCGAAGAUGUCCAGAAAUUCAAGAAAAUUUUGAAGUGGCGCUAUAUUCACAACGUGCAGAAGUUAUUGCACCACCAAAUCAAGCAAUUUAAGAUUGAUUUAAACAGCGGCAGGUCAGAAUUAGGGACCAGAAGGUCACAAAUUUUAAAUAGAACAGUCCGUUCUAGCAACUUUAUACCAAAUAGCAAUGACACGUCGGGACUUUUUAAAAAGGUAUCUAGAAUGGACACACCUUCAAAUAAGACUGUUCACGAAAACUUUGUCCGGAUGCAAAUGGAGAUGCUGAGAUCGAGGAUUUUCGACAGGGACGUGUACGGAAUGGAGCGCAUGAUAAUGGGCAGGGAGCUGCCUAUAACUCCAAAAGAUUUCGAGAUCUUCGAGAAAUAUAAAUCUGAUCCUAACCACUAUAACAUCCUCAUAUUAUCCAUAAACAAGUCCCUUUCAGAUGAAAAGUACGAGGAAAAACUGCCAAUGCUGGAGCGAAAUUUCCAAUUUAUCUGCAAUCAAUUGGAGGAAAUUUCUCGACAAAGAAGAAAAGAUAACAUGCUUACUAAACAUGAUUUGCAAAAAGCAGAAGACGAUGUAGUUUCAAAGAUUUCAGGCGAAAGCUUUCUUGAGCGUAUAGACUUUAAUGAAGCAUUCCUGGCUAAAAGGCGAGAGGUGUGGGCAGACUACAUAGCCAAGCAGGCUAAGACGCCCACGGAAAUUCUUUUGGCCGCAGCCCGGAAGCAGAAACGAAAAGCUCAGCUAGCGAAAAAAGCCGAGGAGCGAGAGAAACGGAAUAAGCAAGACCAGCAGGUUCCAAAAAGGAAAAGAUCUCUCACUGCGCUAUACAGAGCUCCGAGAAAAACGCAUCGUGAGCGUCAGGCCAUCAAGGAAAUCAAGGAGGAGAUGGAGGAGAUUGAGGUCAGGAAAUCAAAGCGCUCGGUGACUUGUUCGUGUUGUCGGCGAUGCAGCAGGUCCGGAGUGGUCUGGACUCAGAAGUGCUCCGAAGACAACACCGAGGAAUCACACAUUUGCCCUGUUUUAAACUAUGAUAGUUGUUCUUAAAGUUUUGUACGAAUCUCAUUGGAAAAUCACAUUAGGAAUCUUAAUUUGAUUUUGCCAUGCGAUUCUUAUAAACUUACCUAAAAACUAAAAUAGGAAUAUUGACUUUUAUAAUAAACCGAAAAAUUGUUCAUGACAUUUCAUUGCCGA